AUGUCCGAAGAAAAUACUGCAGUAGCAGGAUUAGUUAAUCUCCUUGCCGCAAUGUUUGAUGGACCUGCUCCAGGAACAGGUAUUAAACCAUUAGUUACAUUUGCCAAAAAUUUAAUGGGGGAUGAACUUCCACCAGCACUUAUUGAAUUUAAUAUUGGAUAUCAAAAUAAUUUAUUUGGAGGUUAUCCAGGUUCAAAAGAUGAAGUGCCAUCGAUUAUAUUUGCCGCUAUAUUUGGAGUCAUUAUGUUAAUACAUGCACUUAUCUUAAUAAUUAAUUCGUCAAGAGGUCAUUAUUUCUGGAUUUCAUAUGUUUGGGUGUUUUAUUGUAUUUGUAAAGUCAUUGGAUUUGCCCUUAGAGCAAAAUGGGCAACUAAUGCUACUUUGGUUGAUUUGGGUUUAACAAGUGAAGUGUUUUUAAUUGUUCCUGCUAUUAUUCUUGUAUCAGCUAAUUUAAUUUUAGCACAAAGAUUAUUUACAUGGAGACAUCCAGUUGGUGGUUCACGUAAAUUAUUUUGGGGAUUUAUGUUUACCUUAUAUGGAUUUGUUUUAAUUUUAAUUGGAAUUACUAUUGCUGCUUCAUUUGUUCCAUAUUUGAAUUUCCUUUCUCAAUCAAGUUAUGAUAGUUGGGUUAAAGUGGUUCAAUUCACUUCUGUUUGUGUUUUGGCAUAUUCAUUAACUUCGGUUGCUUUAAUUGGACUUUCAUUCUGGUUACCUACUUCCAAAGAUGAAAAUUUAUAUACUUAUCAACCAUGGUGGAUUGAAAGUUUUGCUCCAUUUUAUUUCGUGGAAAAGAAUGCAUCGCAAAAGGCAGAAGCAGGGUUCAUGAAGAGAAAUUCUAAUCAUCGUCAUGCAAUUAGAGUAAUUGCUGCUACCCAUCAUCAUUAUAAAGUCGUUAAAGGUGUAAGUAAUCAAAGAGGUGAUUUAAAACAUAAUGUUUCAAUCAUGAUUUUAAUUGCUACUACUAUUUUAAUCUUUAUUGGAGCAAUUGGUAGAGCCAUUGUUGUUUUCCAAUAUAGAUAUAAUAAAGAUGCCUCAAAGGCUGCAGAACCUUGGUUCAUGUAUAUUUGUUGGGGUAUUUUUGAAAUCAUCAUUAAUUUCAUUUACAUCAUUGGAAGAGUUGAUUUAAGAUUCUACCGUCCUGAUAUCUUACCACAAGCAGUUCGUGCAAUUGUUACUGCCGAACAAACUUAUUAUCCAAGUUCCGAUGAAGAGGAAGAAGGUUUCCAUAGAGAUAGACCAGAAACUUAUCAUGUCUUGAAAGAAAAGAAUCCAAAUCCAAAUGAAGUAAUUAACAUUCAAGCACAAGGUGUUACUUCUGUGCCUCCACAACAACGUCGUCCUGCUGAUCACGAUGGAUUUGAAUCGGGUGAUUGGGAAUUUGCAAGUCCUGUUGGUAAGAUUAGUGCUACUUCUAGUGAAUCUAAAAAUGCGGCUGCUCCAGAAAAUGAUAAGACCGCUCAUGACUUUAAGUUUUAA